GAUGGAGGUGUGUGUGUAUGUUCAUUGCUGCUGUGGAAACUGUGGCAUCAAGACGUCUCGUUCUGACUGAUCACGGCUGGCUAUGUCAUCUCCCUCAGGUGCUCAUGUUUGAGCCUCCUACAACACUCAUGCGGCACGUAGCUAUUCCUCCUCAUUAAAGGAACUACAGGAAGUUAUCCUGCUGUAACAUCACCUUUUGCCCAGCUGUCUCAUGACUUCAGCCUUUCUAUCAAUGGAUCUGUUAGCGGAAGAUGAGUUUUGAGUUUCAAACUCAGUGGAUUUGUGACAUAUUGGAUCAACAGAAGAUUCCUCGUCUUGGAAAAGAAUAAUUAAACUUUUGUAGAGACCAGGCUGGAGAAACAAGACCAGGAACAGGAAGGACAUUUUUUUUAUACAGAUCGUCUAAGACUUAAACAGCGUUAAGAAGCCGAUGAAAUCAUUUUGAGACAUUAUGAAUCGCUAUACCACCCUGAGGCAGUUGGGUGAUGGCACCUAUGGGAGUGUGUUGAUGGGGAGAAGCAAUGAGUCCGGGGAACUUGUAGCUAUCAAGAGGAUGAAGAGAAAGUUCUAUUCAUGGGAAGAAUGUAUGAACCUAAGAGAAGUGAAGUCACUGAAGAAGCUGAACCAUGCCAAUGUGGUGAAACUAAAAGAGGUUAUCAGAGAAAACGAUCACCUCUACUUUGUCUUUGAGUACAUGAAGGAAAACCUUUACCAGCUUAUGAAGGAUAGAGAGAAUAAGAUGUUCUCAGAGAAUGAAAUUAGGAACAUCAUGUUUCAAGUGCUAUCUGGGUUGGCUUUUGUACACAAGCAUGGUUUCUUUCAUCGAGACAUGAAGCCAGAGAAUCUGUUAUGCAUGGGUCCAGAACUGGUCAAAAUAGCAGAUUUUGGACUGGCCAGAGAGAUCCGCUCCAAACCUCCAUACACAGACUAUGUGUCAACUAGAUGGUACCGAGCUCCUGAGGUUCUGCUAAGGUCAUCUACCUACAGCUCUCCUAUUGACCUGUGGGCGGUGGGCUGUAUCAUGGCUGAACUCUACACACUCAGACCACUUUUCCCUGGAAACAGUGAAGUGGAUGAAAUUUUUAAGAUCUGCCAAGUCCUGGGAACUGUUAAAAAGACAGACUGGCCAGAGGGCUACCAACUAGCAUCUGCUAUGAACUUUCGCUUUCCCCAAUGUGUGCCGACUCAACUGAAGACCCUCAUCCCAAAUGCAAGCAACGAAGCUAUUUUACUGAUGAAAGACAUGCUGCAAUGGGACCCUAAAAAAAGACCCACUGCUGUACAGGCCCUGCGUUAUCCUUACUUCCAAGUGGGCCAGGUCCUGGGGCCUCGUCCUCAGAGCCAGGAGGUCAAGAAGGUCCAGACCAGGCCACUAGUUCAGAAACAGGUCUCUGAGUCGAAGACGGAUGUGCCGCAGUCUUCCUCUGAGUCCAAAGCUUCCUCAACUUCCUCCAGAAACCAUCAGCACCAUCAGCCUCUUCAGCAGAUCCCCAUGCCUCAGGCUGACAGUAAACCAGGAGGCCUUAGCCAAGCAAAGGCAGCACCACUGGGCAGUGAGAACACUGUUGGGAGUAGUGUGAUGGGGAUAUUGAAAAGCGGACGUCGUCGUUGGGGACAGAUGGUGACGAAGACCUCAGACAGCUGGGAGGAAUCUGACCAAUCAGAAACUGCUGCCUCCAACUCCAAGAAACCCAGUCUAGGGACUGCAGAGGAGGAGAGGAGUUCUAAGGAUUGCUGCCCUUUGGCCAAGGAUCAAAAACCUCUGUAUUCCUUCAGCACCGUUACCAAAUUACCAAGCAAUGUUAAGGUCAGCCAAAUGGAUUCCAGUCUUCCUGGAUCUGCAGCACGGCAGCACUAUCUCAGCCAGUCACGGUACCUGCCAGGCUUGAUUGGAAAGACUCAGACUCCAUCUGGGGAUAAAGAGCUAGGUGGUAUGACGCUGCGGGACCUGUGGGAAAACUCUUCAAACACUGUAAAUAAAACACUGGGUCCAAUUGGAGGAGGACUAUCUGUCAGAGCCAACGCAGCAGAGAAUGCCUCUAAAUCUGCAGAUAGCACACCAGAGAAAACUGUUGUCAAAGAAAGAAUACUGGAGAAAAUUGAUCUGUCUAAAGGGAACUUUAUAAGCACCAAAUACAACCUCUCCGGUGGUUACAUCCCUUCUUUCCAAAAGAAAGAGGUUGGCUCAGUGGGACAGAGAAUCCAGCUUGCCCCUUUGGCUGGCCAGCACACAAUCAAUCUUUCUUCUUCUCCUGAUAAUAAAAAAGACAAGACAAAAGCUGCAAAACUCAAGCCCACUUCCAACUCAUCACUGAGUGAAACUAGUGAAGAUUACGAGGGCUGGAAGAGGAGGACAGAAAGGACUCAGGUGAAGGGGAGCAGCUAUUCAGCACUGGGGAAAUCAUCUGGAAACCUCCUGAGCAGAGCUCCUGCUGUGCAGCCCGUCCACGGCAGGGUGGACUGGACAUCCAAGUACGGUGGAAACCGGUAGUCUUGGGAAACAGCUAAAGAAGCUUUGAACUGUGGGUGUCAGGCUUUGUGUCCACAUCAUGGACAUUUUGUGAUCUCGCACAUAGUUCACAUUUUAAUUUCCAAGUUUGCAUAAUGUGUGCGUUGGAGGGGAUGGUUGCCAAGACCGGUACUGUCUACAAGACAAUCCCACUGUUUUCCUGAGGAAUCCAGUGUGAGCCAAUUCUACUGUUACUUCUUGGACACUCUAAGACUUAAAUGUAGUUUUUCUUUUUUUUCUUUUUUUUUUUACUUUGUAAAGUGUUUCAUCUCCGCUGGCAAUAUAUUUAUUGUUAUAUGAAUGGAUUCUGCAAUUCUAAAUUCCCUCAGCUUUAUAUGUCCUACUGUAGGUGGCACAACAAGAAAUAGUUGAUGUCAAGUCAGAAUGAUUCCUGCAUACUGUUAACCAACUGAAAGACUCUUUGUAUUACACAAUAAAUAUUUUGUAAUGUUUUUUUUUACUAAUAAAAUGUAACUCAG